CCAUACGCGAUAGAUGAUAUACACACGUUGCUGCUGCUUUUGGUUGAGACGUGUCAAAAUAAAUAUGCGCUAUUAGAGAUAUCCCGCACGAGGUUUACGUACAGUUUUUUUUUUGUUUUGCCCAACAACGUUGCUUUCGGAUAAUACUGUUUACGCGACACUCAGAAGUGUUGUUUGGCGUGGAAAGAAACUGUCGACGGCCUUCGCGCGCGCGUUUCGAGCAAGUUCGUCGUUUGCCGUCGCAUUCGAUUGAGAUUCCGCAGCAGUUAUGGCUUUCGAGCCUCACCGGAUUGUGCUGUUUCGCGGUAAGCGGUAGUGAAUUGUCGCGAGUGAUUUGUUCUUAUCACAUUUGGGAUGGAUCCGUGGAAAGCUGUUGCCCAUUGUUAAUGGAAUAAUUAAGAUUUGAAAAGUGUUUAGUGUGUAAAAAGUCUCAGAAACGAGUUGACAGAGAUUUAGUGAAUGAAGCUGAUUGAAAGCAUCAACAAAUUGGAAUAUCCGCCACAUAGGUGAAUAACAAAUAAUCUAGCGUGUUUAGUUUGUUAUUCAAGUGCCGUUAUCUUAAAUAAAAAAAACGGGAGAAGAAAGUAUGUCAAAUUGCGAAUGUUGACCAGUGCAUUUUCGGUGCUCAGUGAAGUUCAAAAGUGUUUCCCGGAGAUCCCACCGAAAGCACCGGGAACAACCUCUACCAGUUCAAAAUUGCCCCAAAUACUAACAACAAUCUGGCGGUGGUUAGACAACCAUCCAUGGCCGUUGGGCCACAGACGGGAGGAUCAGGAAAUCCUCCACAAGCACCAGUCCAGCAUCCGCACCCGAUUCUAGCACCCAGCCCGCUGUUUGCCUUACCAACGUUGAACUUUAGCGCGUCGCAAGUGGCGACAGUGUGCGAAACGCUGGAAGAAUCCGGAGAUAUUGAACGGCUGGCCCGGUUUCUAUGGAGCCUUCCGGUGGCGCACCCGAACGUCACGGAGCUCGAUCGCUCCGAGGCGGUGCUGAGGGCACGGGCCAUAGUUGCAUAUCACACGGGGCAUUUCAGGGAGCUUUAUGCAAUUCUUGAACGGCACAAAUUCACGAAGUCAUCUCACGCCAAACUGCAGGCCAUGUGGCUGGAAGCUCACUAUCACGAGGCAGAAAAACUACGCGGACGGCCAUUAGGUCCCGUCGAUAAGUACCGUGUCCGGAAAAAAUUUCCGCUUCCCCGGACGAUCUGGGAUGGCGAACAGAAGACACACUGCUUCAAAGAGCGGACGCGCAGUUUGCUAAGAGAGUGGUACUUGCAGGAUCCGUAUCCGAAUCCGACCAAGAAGCGGGAACUGGCCCAGGCCACCGGUCUCACACCGACACAGGUGGGAAAUUGGUUUAAAAAUAGACGCCAACGGGAUCGAGCUGCGGCCGCCAAAAAUAGACAUAAUCAACCGCCGCUAUCUGGUUCGGGUUCGAACUCGCUGACACCUCGCCGUGGAGAGCCGCCCUUGUCCCCGUUGGAUUCCGACUCGGACUCGGACAUUUCGCUUGGAACCCACUCGCCCAUCCCGAGCAUGUCGCUACAGCACAGCCCCAGCUCAUUGCCCGGCUCGAGUGAGGAUCGAUUCCCGGACGAUCGUGAUCGUGACCUUCGGGAAAAGGAUUUCCGCAGCUUUGCAUCGCUCCAUUCCUUCCGCUUCGGUGACCAUCUAGCUGCAGCGGGAGGAUUUCUACCUGGCUCGUUCAACAACAGAUUCAUGCCUUAUCACCUCGGGGAUAAUUCGCCUCCGAUCAAUACUCACUCACCCCCAAUAGGCCUGACGCAUCUUCCAAUAACGCCAACGGUGCUCCGACCACAGCCCCAUUUGCCGCCCGGACUCUCGAUUACGGCACCGUCGGCAACGACCACAUCGAUGAGUGAGUCCCCCAAUAGCAACAGCAGUGCCACCACCAGUUCCAUCAACAAUGGAGCAUCCGGCGGCGGCGGCGGCACUGGUCAUGUACCGGUGACCAGUGGAAAUUCGGCCCCGUUGACUCCAACACCCAUGUCCCCACUGAGAAUACGGGUCAGCUCACCGGCACGACUCAACUCCGAGCUGCUCCAACAGCACAGCGUACACCAUCAUAGUCUCAUGAACGGGCUGAAUGCGAGCGGAAUCGUACGGAUUGUUCCUAGCACAACGACCAGCCUCCUGCAUCGGCCGUUCUCGCCGUCGCCCAAACCCAAGGAAGCGUCCUCGUGAUAGAAUCCGCCAUCGCCGUGCGUCGGCCAAACGAGUGCUGCGUCGUUUAUCUCAAAUCGUAGUUGAUUAAUGUAGUGAAAUCUAAUGGGAGAAAAACUAAAGCAAAAGCUGAAACUAAAGCAAAUAAAACUCCUAAAAGCAGAGAAACUUGUUACUAAAGCCAUACACAAAAAUUAAGAAAAUCCUAUGCUUUUAAGUGAGACACAUUUCUACGCGAAAGCAUUGCUUCGGUAAAUUAGAUUUACUUUUUCUUAAAACUUUGGUAAAUCACGCCGUAUUUAUUUCAAUUUAUGAAUCUAUGCUAGGGUCUGUGCUACAUAAUGUAGCAGAAGGGCAACGUUAUUCACAACUAUGUAAAGAAAAUAUCAAUAAAUUCAAAAUUCCUUCGUAUAUAUUUGGACUGGUUCGGUCUCGUAAGGGUGCCGUACACCAAUACAACCUUGAAAGUGACAAACAUUUUUACAUCGUCGGGAUGCACAUGCGUACUUUGAGCAGUUCAAACCCACCCCAUCAUAGGAAGGGGUGCAACAUUUUCCCCUGCAACAUCGCACAGGAAGGACAGAAAAACCGCACAAUACAUUGACAAAACUAAUGUGAAUACGUGAGAAGGAAGCAUCGUUGAAUUCAAUUUUCGUUUGUAGUCACAAACUGGAGGAAAAAGUUUAACUUUUCAGUCACGAAAAUCAAUAAACAAAGGACGUGUAUGAUCAGCUAAUUUAAGAAUAGAGAAAAAUAUUUAAACAAAUCAUAAUAUAAAAAACUACGUUGUGUAUAGAAGAAAAAAAAUCAAAGCAAAACUUAAACAUAAUAACCGUAUUUCAGUGCACAGAAAGAACAGCAUCAGCCAAGUUCGAAAAACAAUACGAAUGAGUAUAUUCCACUAGGCAACACAAAUCUAUGGUUAUGCAUAUAGAGGUAGUAGCAAAGAAAAAUAAUCGAUCUAAAGUAGUGUUAAUUAACCCCUGUCUGUCUGCCAUCGGCGCAAAACUUCGGCUGGCAAACGAGGGAGAGACCUUUUCCACUCAAUUCCCAAUCAUUCGGCCCACUUAUUUUAGUUUUCUUCAGCUACCUACCUUCAACCAAUACAAAAGACCUGCACCACUUUUCGCGUGUAAUGCAAUUUGCAGAAUGUACAGAGACAAAAAAAACUUAAAUUUAUCUACCACAGAAAGUAUCCUCUUGCGCUCGUCUUAAAACUAAAGGCCUUCAUUCACACAUUACUCAAACCAGUCGAGAAAAAAAACACAAACUCAUUUCAGAUCUCAACCCAACGAAAAAAACGAGAAAAGGAAUCUCCCUGGUGGGACAGCAACAGCUUGAACAACGGCAACAAAAGAUAGUUGGGAAAAUUAUAAGCACAUUUAUAAGCAAAUAAUGCAAAGGCAAAGAAGCUAGAUGUGGGGGGGGCAAAAUAUUCUCAUCCCCUCACUCAAGUGAGUAGGUAGCGAGCGGACCAUUGAGAAGACCGCCACCACGCGCCGCUGAUGAUGUGUCUAUAGAUAAAAGAAGGCAACAAUUUCUCCGCUAGUGGAAAACACUAAAAAACUACACAUCAGUCUCGAGGAAUCUAGCAGUACUAAACACUCACCCUAAAAAAACACAGACCUACAAAUGAGAAGAAACAAGACGAAAAACACGAUAGAAAAGCAGAAAAACUAGUGAACAUAAGCAAAUCGAACGAAUCUAUCUAAAACUGUAAAUAAAUUGCUGCAAUCAAAUUAUAUUAAUUAUGGCGAUAAUAAAUUAAAUAAUUAAAUACAAU